GCAUGCCAGGGGAGGAGGCGGGGUCUCGCUGCAGCAGCUCCAUGGGGGAAGACUGGGCCCUGCUCAGAGAGUCUUUUAAAGACUGCAGCUCUACAGAGACAGCAGAGGAGAAGAGAGCAGCCAGUGUGUGUGCCUAUUCCAGACCCAGCUCUGGCCAGCGCCUAGCUAGCAGCCUCUCCAGUUCCCGUCCCUCCAGCCGACCGGUCACUGCCAGGCCCCUCUCAGCAGCUGGCUCCAGACCCCUCUCUGGGUUGCGACCCUUAUCAGCGGCUGGGUACAGAGCCCUCUCCCCUCCCGGGUCCAGAUCUGGUUCUGCUGAUGCAGAUCCAGUCUCUGUGGACCCAGACGCUAGCAUUCUGACACACGGUGCAGGGAAGGUCUUGUUCUGUGGGAGCCCUGUCCAGGCCCUCAGAGCCAGGCGACAGAAGAUGAGGAAUGCGGCUCCCUCCCCUGUGUCCACUCCUAGCACCCCGCCCCUCCAUGUUCCAGAGCACACUUAUGACCUUGAGGAGCAAGAAGGAUGCCAGCGCAGUGAUGUGUUCUCUGAGCUCAGGGCCUGGAGGGAACAGCAUAACAAACGUCUAUUAGCCAUGGAGAGGAUGGGCCUCAGAUACUGA